AUGGUGACCAACAAGAAGUAUUAUACCACAGUCGUCAUUAACUUAACCAAAGUUAUGACUAAUAAUUUAAUUUUAAUAUUUUUAGUAGUAAUACUUUGUAUUAGUAGUAAUAAUAAUAAUGUAGUUAAAUCACAAACAUUUACAGAAACAAUCAGUGAAGUGACACAGUUAUCUGUCAAUAUGAUGGUUUAUGGAAUGUCUGAUUGUAGUAACGGAGGUACACCAUCUUUUAGACCAGACAAGAUUGUAUCAUUUGUACCUGGACAAUGUUAUGUUUAUGCAACAAAGAGUGUAAAGAUUAUGUAUGAUCAAUCAGUUCCAACCGACAUUCACUACCUAAUAUACAACUCUGUAGAUUGUACAUUGCCAUCCUUGGUACUCGAUACCCUCAUAGCAUUGGGCCCAACAUGCCAACCACUCCCAGCCAUGGUUACCGAUAGAUAUCUAGUCUUUAAAGCUGGUCCACCACAAUCACCUCCUACUGAAAGUGCAGUAAACUAUUUAUAUUAUGAAAAAACACCUUUGGCUGUAACAUGUGGACAAAAUAGAUAUUAUCGUUCGAGAACUAUACUUGCAUUGGAUGUUUGUACAUAUAAUGAUUAUAGUGGAAAUAUUUUAAUGGGGGAGGGUGGUGAUUCUCAAUCGAUUGAUAUACUCAACGAUACCCCCAAUUGUAUUGGACUUCCAACUAAAUUUUACAGUGAAUGCUCAACCAAUGCUUAUAAUAUUCACUCUGCAUUCAAGACUUCAUCGGUGGUUAGGAUAGAUGGAUUCGUCAAUGUAUUAUCGUACAAUGCCAUUUCCGUUCUAAAUGUUGAUUUUGGGUAUAACCAAAAAACCAAUAUCUUUGCCAGUGUCCAGUUGGAUACAGGUGCAAGUCAAUCUGUUUAUAACCCAGGUUACUCUUACCAAAUAUCACAAAAUAUGACUUUUACCAAUAUACCAACUGGGUUUUCAGGUAGAUUAAACUUUUAUCAAGAUGGUUAUGAUUAUUUAUUAAAUAGUAUUGUGGCUCCAAUUUCAACAACUACUUUUAAUCUUCCUGAAUAUCCACAAAUGACUUUUAUUUCACCUACAAAUGUUUAUAUAAAUACAAUGAAUAUUACUUAUGGAUCAACAGGAGGAUUUUCAGGUGCAAAUGUUUAUAAAGUAAUUGCUUAUUAUGCAUCAACAUUUACUGAAUAUACAAAUUGUGCAAGUACCACCUCUUGUUAUUUAAAUGGUCUUCCCAAUAGUACCAUCGUCAACGUUACGGUAACAGUGACCAACAAUGGAUUAUCCGAUAUGUUAUCCAGGACGGUUCCUCUUGCUCAACCAUUUAGUAAUUUUAAUUUUACCAUUGAACCUGCGUUCAAUUCGAUAAACCUCAAGUUUACCUGGAAUGGUGGUUUUGGUUUAACAAACAUUAAUGUUACUAGAAUCGACCAGAAUAACAUGAAUACCGUUACACAAAUAACAAAUGACCAGUACAUAUCUUUCCAACAAGUGUCUUCUGUUCCAACAAAUUAUACUUUUAUUGUUACUGCUUUUAAUGAUGGUAAUCAAUAUCAAUUAAUACAAAAUCAUACUUGGUUUGGAGAUAUUAUAAUUGGUAAUAUAACAAUUGGUGAAAUUGGAACCACAACUGCCAAGUUUUAUUGUGAUGCUUUAAAUAUAAAGUCAUCACAAUUCCAAGUAAUCAUUAGAAAUCCCAAUUCUUCCAUUUAUUCAGUUGGAUCUGGUACAACUGGUCCCAUUUUUAUGUCUAGUCUCGUUCCAGGUACAACAAAUUCCUUUACUGUCUCUAUUCUUGAGGAAUCUUCUCGUCGUUUGUCCAAUACUUUAUCAUUCACCGUUACCACUUAUCCAACAAUUUAUCAUAUAACUGUCCUUCAAACCCAAAAAGUAAACUCUGUUGAUAAUACCACCUAUUUACAAAUCAUCCCUAGUGUAUUGGGAGGAUCACCAAAUUUUCCAAUUACAUAUGAACCAGUAUCACCAACCUUCCCGUAUGGCAUAAUAUGGGCUGGCAACAUGUUUAUAGCACCCAACCUCACUACACCAAGUGGUACAUUUUUUCUAAACAUUAAAGCCACACAACAAACUGAUGAAUAUACCGCUUCAUUUGGUUUUGAUAUUUAUAAUUUUCCAGUAUUUGAUUUUGUGAAUAUUACCAGUGGUCAUGAAAAUGUUAGUUUGUCAUGGGGUAGUCAUGGAGGAAUACCUGAUUCUGUACGAUACAAAGUAUCAAUGUAUCUCCAAAAUAAUAAUCCUAGUGUGAAACCAACCACUAUUUGUCAAGAUUCACUGGACACCUGUACCAUCACAAAAUUAACUUCAAAUACCUUAUAUUCAUUUGAUAUUACAUUAUCAUCUUUUCAAUUUGAUUCUAUAGUUGAAACAAGAUCUAUUCAAACUUUAACUUAUCCAAAUAAUGUAACAUGUCAAGAUCCCAAUAGUACAAUUGAUUGUAGUGGAUAUGGUCAAUGUAUAAAUGGUACAUGUUUAUGUGACAAGAAUAGAAUUGGUAUAUAUUGUGAAACACAAACAACAGAUCAAGGUGGUAAUAGUGGAAAUGUAAAUCCAAAUCCAAACACACCAGAGAUAGUAAUCAGUAAUAAGAAUAUAUUUUAUGAUUUUGUAAUCUCUGAAAUUAGAGAAGUUGAUUUGGAUGAUCAAAUUAUAAAGACUCUAGACUUGACAACAUUAAAUUGGACACAAUCAAAUACAACUACAACAAAUAAUCAAUCAUUCAUUCAAAAUAAUUGGAUUUAUUCAACUGUCAACAACAACACCAAUUUCCAAUCAAUUAAUAUUACAUUUUUACAAUAUAAACAAGGACAAGAAAAUAAUAAUAAUAAUAAUUCAAAGAUUCCAAUAACAUUUGCAAAUCAAUUAUUUUAUUUGGAUGUUGGAUCAAUUAAAUAUACAAUUGAUAUUGGAGGAUGGAACUUUAAUAAUAGAUUAAACACAUUACAAUUAAUAACAAAUAUAACUCAACCACAAGUUGAUGGUGGAUGUGGAUCUACAGAUGUAGAUUUCAACAAUAAUAUUGUCACCAAUGCAACAGAAUUCACAUCAGUGUUUGUUGGGCAAGAUCAAGUUGUUGUUGGUAAACUAAUCAAUCGUGCAUUAUUAGAUGAUAUACCAAGAAAGAUAUCAUAUAAAGUACAACAAUAUCAAAAUGAUCAGCAAAAACAAUUACUCAGUAUCAUCACUCUCAUACCCAACUUUAACUCACUUGCAACUCUCGAUCCUCAAUUCGACCUUCUCAUCAAUACUGAUGGUGGUACUGACUCUUGUACCAACGAAUCCAACACUUGGAAGAUUAUUGUUGGUGCUGUUGUUGGUGGAAUUGGGGCAUUGGCCCUCGGCGCAGGAGCAGUCAUCUUUUACCAAAAAGCAAAAACUAAAAAGAUUUAUGAUAAAAAAUUAAAAAAGUUAUCGACAAUGGCAUUAUAA